AUGUUGGAUCAGUGGCUGCCAUCGACUUUGGCCUCCAUAUUUGGCUGGUUCACGCCCACCGUCCUCUUCGUCCUUGUCAACCUCGUCAUCGGCACCAUCGCCAUCGCCUCCAAGUUCUCCUCCCACCACCACCACCACCACCACCACAACCACAACCAGGCGUCCGCCCCGGCGCUCGAUGAGGUCGCGGCAGCCUAUCCCGGGGGCUACCUCUUCCGCUCCCUUUCCCGUUCCCCAUCCCUCGUCCUCGACCGCCUCCGCUCCUUCAACCUCAACCGCCACGUCGUCGAGCUCUCCCCUCCCCUAGAGGCGGACCAGGCGCCGCAUUUGGGCGCCAAGGAGAAGGAGGAAGAGGCGGACGACGAGCACCAGCUGCAUCUGGAUCGCAGCCAGUCCGACGCGCAUCCGACGGGCGGGGAGAUGCCGCCGAAGCUGGCGGUGAGAAUAAAGAAGUCGGCCAGCGAGAAGUCGCCGUUCGCACACUUCGAGGAGACGGAGAUCGAGAAUGCAGCUGCAGCCUCGAGGGAGGCCGCCGAUCAGGUGGAAAACGACGGCGUCGGCGGCGGCGAGGUGGACGCGCGGGCGGACGACUUCAUUAACCGGUUCCGGCAGCAACUGAAGCUGCAGCGCCUGGACUCAAUCUUAAGGUACAAGGAGAUGCUUGGCCGUGGAUCCACCUAG